AUGGACCAGCUUCCACAGGAGUUAGUCGAUCGAAUCAGCAGUUAUCUCUCUGUCGAUGACCUGAAGAACACACUAUUGCUGUCUCAUGCAUUCCGCUUUCCCGCUGAAAAAUACUCUGGGGCGUUUACAACAUUCGCUCUAAACGAAAACAACGCUGAGAAGUUUAUUGGAACUUUUUCUGGUCAUCGGCUUCUGUAUUUACGCGAUCUUAAAUUCGGGAUCUGCCUUCCUCGUCCUGAAGACAACGAGCGUCGCGACGACGCGGACCAACUGAGCAAGCAUGACAAGAGCUUCACUCAACAAAUCACGUUUCUUUUCAAGACUAUGAAAACGGUCGAAGACCUUGCAGGGAACCACAAUAAACCGGGAACAGUUCGACUAGCGAUAAGCCCUCCCAGGCGACCGAUUUUUGCCGAACGUUCACUCUCGUAUCAUGAUCACCUAAGCUGGCGCGUGCAUUUGCUAGAACCCGAAGCACUUCCGUUACUCGAAUCGGUUCGUUCCCUGGAGGUAGGGGACGACUGGGACGGGUCAUUCGGCGGAAGAGCAGAGUUUACGGGUUAUAAUUCGGGGCGAGUGAAACUCGACUACCGUGUGAUGGUCGACCUUGUCGUCAAGUUGCCGAAUCUUGAGUACUGGGGCUGUCGAACUGGAGGCAAUGAAUGGUCGCCGAAAACUGAACAAGAGGCGACAAAAUAUCUCACGCAAGAUUGGGCUGGUCCACGUCGGGACACAAGACAGGAUUUUGCAAAAGCUCUCUUGUCUGCACGUCUUCCAGGUUCACUUCAGCGUAUUCGUUUAGACUUUCUCCACGAUCUUGACGAAAGUACGCAAAUCGACCAUUUCACAGCACAGCCUGACCUGGUAAGCCCGGCGGCCAAUGAUCUUUUCAGCACCAGUCUACACCAUCUCUCACACCAUCUCCGACGGCUUCACUUGCGUGUAGUAGCAGAUGAAACGCUGUUCUGGCCCAAGGAUAACUGCACCCCUUCCUGGCCAAAUCUCGAGAGUUUCAUUGUCACAUUCCACAUGGUUAACCCGUCGGGACAAUGGUAUUUCAUAGGACCAAACGGCGAAGGGCGUGACACGGCUGCAUUCAACGUCACUAAUGCCUCAUACCCACCGUUGGAAACAAACUCCUAUGACGAAGAAAUGGACUGGCAGAUUCAGAUGGAGGGAGAUAGGCGAUACAGAGGGAACGAAAACAGCCGCAUGCGCAUCGUGCCGAACGAUACUACACUGCGGCCGUUCCUUGUAGCCUUUGCUAAGGCAACAUCAAAUAUGAAGGCUCUUCAAGAAGCAAUGCUCUGGUGCCCCCUUGCGUGGGCGCCUGAUGAUUAUUCAACGACUGACUGGCUCCAAGAGAACUGUCAAGACGCGGAUAAACUCGCUUGGGGAGUGCAUUAUCAAGCCAAAGGUGAGCCCAACGUUACUCGGCAGGGUGAACGCGUUCUUACGGAAGUUCCUAUGCUCUGGUGGAAAGCCGGCAAGUGGCGUCCGGAUCCUGAGCUCCAUGAGCUUUUUCAGCAAAUUGGUCGUACGUCAUGGGGCGACGGUGUGGAGGAACACUGGGAGGAUGAAUACCAUGGAGACGGGUUGGUGGAUCGCGGAUAUUUCGAGUAUUGUGCACUCGAAGAAGUCGAUAAGGUGGGGCGGAUCCCACCGCCGAACUAA